AUGGCAGAAGCUGGCAAUGUGUCAGACCUGGAGUACAUGGAGUCUCAGAUGGUUAACAGCAGUGCGUACUGCUUGAACUUCAGCGAUAACCUGCACCUUCUCGGCGCCAAUUAUUCGAUAUGUGACCAUGCUGAAAACCAGGAGAAGGGUUCAACGCCUGUCCUCAUCGCCAUCAUUAUCACCGCCGUGUACUCCAUCGUGUGUGUGAUAGGGGUGGUCGGCAAUGUCCUGGUCAUGUAUGUUAUCAUCAGGUACACAAAAAUGAAAACGGCCACCAACAUCUACAUAUUCAACCUGGCCCUGGCAGACGCGCUGGUGACGAGCACGCUGCCCUUCCAGAGCGUCAACUACCUGAUGGGCACGUGGCCGUUCGGGGACGUGCUGUGCAAGAUCAUCAUGUCCAUAGACUACUACAACAUGUUCACCAGCAUCUUCACCCUCUCCACCAUGAGCGUCGACCGCUACAUCGCCGUGUGCCACCCGGUCAAGGCCUUGGACUUCAGGACGCCGCGCAACGCCAAGAUCGUCAACGUGUACAACUGGAUCCUGUCCUCGGCCAUCGGGAUCCCCGUCAUGAUUCUGGCGUCAACCAUUCCUGUAUAUCACUCUAAUCUCCCUCCCGUGGUGGACUGCAACCUCCACUUCCCCCACCCGUCCUGGUACUGGGAGAACCUGAUGAAGAUCUGUGUCUUCAUCUUCGCCUUCGUCAUGCCCGUGCUGAUCAUCACCGUGUGCUACGGCCUGAUGAUCCUGCGGCUGCGCAGCGUGCGCAUGCUUUCGGGCUCCAAGGAGAAGGACCGCAACCUGCGGCGCAUCACGCGCAUGGUGCUGGUGGUGGUGGCCAUCUUCAUCGUCUGCUGGACGCCCAUCCACAUCUUCGUCAUCGUCAUGGCGCUGGUGGCCAUCCCGCUGUCCACGCCGCUCAAGACCAUCACCUGGCACUUCUGCAUCGCGCUGGGCUACAUCAACAGCUGCCUCAACCCCGUGCUCUACGCCUUCCUGGACGAGAACUUCAAGCGCUGCUUCCGCGAGUUCUGCGUGCCGAGCCCCACCGUGCGCCGCUGGAGGCUCGAGUCCUCGCAGGCCAGGAGGAACCAGGGGAAGCCGGGCCGAGAAGCUGGUGGUCCGUCCACCGAAACUGUGGACAAAACCAACCAGCAGGUAUGACUAGCCCUGGAGAUGUCGUCAGUGGGGGAAGGAGGGGUGGGAGGGCAACCCAGUGACGACAUGAAUUCCGAGCUUACACAAGUGUCCCUGGAGCUGUGAACCGCCCCCACCCCCACACCCCUACCGCUCCAUAUGGAGUGAUGAAUGUUGGAGCACAAACACACACGCAUUGAACAAGCCA